AUACUGAUACGCAUCCUCUCUUUUUCACUUUGAAUGAAGAAAACAACAUCAGAAAAAUGGAUAAUUUGAUCAGCACACUCAUACUUUCUUGCUCUGUCACAGCCACUUUAUUCUAUGGCUGGAGAAUCUUGAAUUGGCUAUGGUUCACUCCAAGAAGCAUCGAAAAGCGCCUCCGGCAGCAGGGAUUCCGUGGGAAUCCGUACCGAUUCUUCUACGGAGAUUUGAGAGAAUCGAGCAUGACGAGGAGGGAAGCCAGGUCUAAAGCCAUGGUUUUCUCCCAUGAUAUUGUUCCUAGAGUCAUCCCUAGCUUCCACAAAGCUAUCACAAACCAUGGUGAGAAUUGCUUUGUCUGGUUUGGGCCAAAGCCUGCGUUACUGGUCAUGGUUCCGGAGAUUAUAAGAGAGAUUAUGUCGAAAAAUUAUGUUUUUCAAAAGCCUAGAAGCCCUUUAACUACACUUCUUGCUGGGGGACUUUUAUCACUCGAGCGGGAUGAGUGGGCCAAGCAUAGACGACUCAUCAAUCCCGCCUUCCAUGCGGAGAAACUCAAGCAUAUGGUUCCUGCAUUUCACUUGAGCUGUGGUGAAAUGUUGAGCAAAUGGGAUGAGAUUGUAGGAUCAAAUGAAGGGUGUUGUGAAGUGGAUGUUUGGCCUUACCUCCAAACCAUGACGAGCGACGUGAUUUCAAGGACAGCGUUUGGAAGUAGCUACGAGCAAGCGAGGAAGAUGUCUGAACUGCAGAGAGAGCAAGCAAAGCACAUUAUGGAAGCCCAUCGCUCUGUUCACAUCCCCGGAUACAGGUUUCUGCCCACGAGAUUUAACAGGAGGAUGAAAGAAACUAAGAGUGAAAUAGAAUCAAUAUUGCUUGGUAUGAUCAAGAAAAGAUUAAAGGCAAUGGAAGAAGAAACAUACAGCAAUGACUUGUUGGGACUGCUACUUGAAUCCAACUUCAAAGAACAUGGAAAUGAUGGGUUGGGAAUGAGCAUUGAGGAAGUGAUAGAAGAGUGCAAACUAUUCUACUUCGCAGGCCAUGAGACCACGGCUUCCCUACUCGUCUGGAUGAUGAUCUUGUUGAGCAAGCAUGGCGAGUGGCAGGAUCGGGCUAGAGACGAGGUUCUGCAAGUGUUUGGGAGGGCCAAACCUAAUUUUCAAGAACUAAACCACCUCAAAAUUGUUAGCAUGAUCUUGCAUGAGGCUCUAAGAUUAUACCCACCGGUGCCUGUUCUUGCUCGAACUCAUCACGAGGAAUGUAGGUUCGGAAGGGUUAGCAUCCCGGCAGGAGUCCAGCUCAUCCUGCCUGCGAUUUUAUUGCACCAUGACCCCAAAAUAUGGGGUCAUGAUGCAACGGAAGUUAAACCCGAGAGGUUCAAUGAAGGCGUGGAGAAGGCCGUGCGGGGGCAGACAGCCUACUUCCCCUUCGGAUGGGGGCCAAGGAUAUGCAUCGGCCAAAAAUUUGCUAUGUUGGAAACUAAGACAGCGAUGGCUAUGAUUCUGCAGCGGUAUUCGUUCCAGCUGUCGUCGUCGUAUUCGCAUGCUCCUCAUCCAGUCAUCACACUCCAGCCUCAGUAUGGAGCGCACUUGAUGCUUACAAAACUAUAGAAUUUCAAAAAUAGGUAUAUAUGUUUCUAAUAAUUUUCAAUAUACGUUUCCAAUAAUUUUGAUUUCGUUUAA